UUCCGUGCCUGCGAUCCGGUCACAGUUUACAGCGUAUCGUCUCCUUCCUUCGGCCGGCGGUUUUCCCUCUCUCCCUCCUCUCAGACUUCAAUCAGAUCUUCACUUCCUCUUCUUCUUCUCUCUCUAGCCGAACUCAAAUUCUUCCGACAUUCCCCUGAUUUGGCGCUUGUUAAGGUUCUCAGCUAAGCUUCUGGCCGGACUACAUUCGGCAAAUUCUGUCUCUCCUCGGAUGCAGGGAGAGGCUUUGGAUUUUCGCCGCUGAUAGGUUUUCCUCGUGGUGGCUACAGUCGAUUGGGUUUCUGGAUGUGAAUUUGAUGGUUGUUCGUUAGGGAGAGUUGAACAACCGAGCUCCGACAUUGUAGAUUCCGACCAAUGGCUCAGCCUGAAGCCAUACUGGAGUGGCUGCAGAAGGAGAUGGGCUACAGGCCACUAGGCUCCCACGCAGCUUCGAGCAAAUCGCAGGGCCCUUCAGUCGAUUCGAUCCGCAAAAUGUGCCGCGGGAACAUGAUACCCGUCUGGAGCUUUCUCAUUAAGCGGGUGAAGUCGGACAAGACGGUGGAGAAUAUAAGGAGGAACAUUAUGGUUCAUGGUGGCGGACCGGAGAGUGGCAGUGGCAGCUCCGUGAAUUUGGGUAAAGAUGAGGGCAGGAGUAAAUCGGGGAGGCGGGGGAAGGAGACUUCGAGUACGGCAGCAGCAGCAGAGAAUCGGGAGGCGGCAUUGCAGGAACGGGAAGCAGCGGCGAAGGAGGUGGAGAGGCUGAGGAACAUUGUGAGGAGGCAGAGGAAUGAUUUGAAGGCGAGGAUGUUGGAGGUAUCUCGGGAGGAGGCUGAGAGGAAGAGGAUGCUCGACGAGCGAGCCAAUUACAGGCACAAGCAGGUGAUGUUAGAAUCUUAUGAUCAGCAGUGUGACGAGGCUGCAAAAAUUUUUGCUGAAUACCAUAAACGACUGUGUUACUAUGUCAAUCAAGCAAGAGAUGCCCAAAAAUCUAGUAAUGACUCUUCUUCUGAGCUCUCCACUAGUUUUAGUGGGGACAUCGAUAAAGAAUCUGUUUAUUCAACCUUCAAGGGGACAAAGUCCGCAGACGAUGUCAUCCUUAUAGAGACGACCCGGGAGAGGAAUGUUCGGAAGGCAUGCGAGUCUCUUGCUACGUACAUGAUUGAGAAAAUACGCAACUCUUUCCCUGCUUAUGAGGGAUGUGGUGUGCUUGUAAAUCCUCAGCUUGAAGCGGCUAAAUUAGGAUUUGACUUUGAUGGGGAAAUACCCGAUGAUGUAACAACAGUCAUCUUGAAUUGCCUGAAGAGUCCUCCUCUGCUGCUUCAGGCAAUAACUGCUUACACAUCUCGAUUGAAAACUUUGAUUUGUAGAGAGAUAGAGCGAAUCGAUGUGAAGGCUGAUGCAGAAACAUUAAGGUACAAGUAUGAAAACAACAGGGUUAUGGACGUUUCUUCUUCUGAUGUUAGCUCACCCUUAAACUAUCAACUUUAUGGUAAUGGAAAAAUUGGAGGUGAUGUACCUUCCAGGGGAACUCAAAACCAACUCCUGGAGAGACAGAAAGCACAUGUUCAGCAAUUUUUGGCUACGGAAGAUGCACUAAACAAAGCUGCAGAGGCUCGAAGUUCAUGUCAAAAGCUUUUGAAAGUUCUGCAUGGGACUGGUGAUGCAAUUUCAUCUCACAGUGUAGGGGGGAAAUCGCAGAAUGUUGGCAAUCUUAGGCAACUUGAGUUGGAGGUUUGGGCCAAUGAAAGGGAAGCUGCUGGACUAAGAGCAAGCUUGAAUGCAUUGAUGUCCGAAAUCCAGCGCCUAGAUAAAUUGUGCGCUGAAAGAAAAGAAGCAGAGGAUUCGUUGCGGAAAAAGUGGAAAAAGAUUGAAGAAUUUGAUGCCCGAAGAUGUGAACUAGAAAUGAUAUAUACUGCUUUGCUUAAGGCUAAUAUGGAUGCUAUUGCCUGUUGGAAUCAGCAGCCAUUAGUUGCAAGUGAGUAUGCCUCGAGCACUAUAAUUCCAGUGUGCAAUGUCGUUGCAGACUUUUCAAACAGUGCAAAAGACCUGAUUGACAGAGAGGUUUCUGCAUUCUGCCGAAGUCCUGACAACAGUCUCUAUAUGCUUCCGUCAACUCCUCAGGCACUCUUGGAAUCUGUGGGUGCUAAUGGAACUACUGGACCUGAAGCCAUUGCUGCCGCUGAAAAGAAUGCUGCCUUAUUGACAGCAAGAGCUGGAGCGAGGGAUCCAUCAGCUGUUCCAUCUAUCUGCCGUAUCUCUGCUGCUCUCCAGUAUCCUGCAGGUUUGGAAGGAUCAGAUGCUGCUCUAGCAUCAGUUCUUGAGUCCCUGGAAUUCUGUUUAAGACUGCGAGGUUCUGAGGCCAGUUUGUUAGAGGACUUGGCAAAGGCUAUUAAUUUGGUUCAUGUGCGGCAGGACCUUGUUGAAAGUGGCCACACUCUCUUAAAUCAUGCUUACCGUGCUCAGCAAGAAUAUGAAAGGACUACUAACUACUGUUUGAGUUUGGCUGGUGAGCAAGAGAAAACAAUCAUGGAGAAGUGGUUGCCUGAACUUAGGACCGGAAUCUUAAAUGCUCAGAACAGCUUGGAGGAUUGCAGAUAUGUGGCAGGCUUGCUUGAUGAAUGGUGGGAGCAGCCAGCAGCAACUGUAGUUGACUGGGUUACAGUGGACGGGCAAGACGUGGCAGCUUGGCAUAAUCAUGUGAAGCAGUUGCUCACUUUCUACGAUAAAGAGCUUUUGUGAAUGUGACAUCUUCGGUCACCCACAAAAGUCUGUAUGUUUGCUCGGAGGUUGCUCUUUCGUCUUCUUUCCUUCACGUCGCCCCUCACAGAAAAUCACUUCCUCCAAGAAGUAGAUUCUGAACCAAAUGUGAUUGCAUAUAGAAGUUGCCUCGUCUCUUAUGUCACUCGAUGGCUGUGUGUUUUGUGGGAUGAAAAGGGUUGCAUCUCUUUUACAUUCUCGGUUGGAGGUUGGGAUUACAUUUUGGGUGAAUGCCUCCUCCUCCCCCUUUCUUUUGUAUAGCAUAAUUGUUCAUUCAAAGUCUUUUGUGUAUUAAACAGAACUGCCCUGGUUAGUCUUUGUGUUAGGGUGAGUUAUGAUUGCCACACCCCUGCACUGAUGUGCCCUUAUGCAGCUUAAUGUUUACACUGUCUUUUGUUUCUGUUAUGAAGAGGUAUGACAUAAUAUGUUCAUCAGAAUGACAUUUCCA